AUGAAUCAAAUAACCCGAACACCAUGCCUCCGACAAGCCAGAUUUGCGAUUUUUUAUAGCCCCUUGGGGCCUCGAUAUUUUGCAAACUCCCUACCCGCACGAGCCUGCCAGUCAAACCAAGAGAGCAAAUCUAAUUGCCAGAUCACAACCUCCUCUCCCUCGGCCAGUCCUCUUUCAACAUUUUCUCGGGCGUUCUGGGCAUGUCGCUCUACAUGGAGGAGGGCUGGCAUCAACACGCUGCGCUGUCUAAUCGGCUGUACAGUAGGCGAUUUCUCUGCACUAUGGACACUGCAGUCUUACUAUCCAGAACUCGGAAUGAACACUAUCAUGUUAGCAUCCAUGGCUUCCGGAAUCACAACAUCCAUCAUCCUCGAGACGAUCCUGCUCCGCCGUGGUGCUGACCAGCUCUCGUGGAUCAUGGCUGCCCGAACUGCAAUGGGAAUGAGCAUGGUAUCCAUGCUAGCAAUGGAAGUUGCCGAGAAUGCAGUCGAUUACCAUUUAACCGGUGGAGUUGUUGCGUUCGAGGACCCCAAGUUUUGGGCGGCGGCCGUGUUGUCGAUAGGUGCUGGGUAUCUGGCUCCGUUGCCAUAUAAUUACCUGCGUCUACGGAAAUAUGGGAAAGCGUGUCAUUGA